CCAACGGUGAUUUUGCAAACUACCAACGGCCGCUAUAUUGUUCGCAGGAGCAACAACUGUUGCGCGGCAGACGAAGUUUGUUGUUGUACCGGGUCCCGCGCGCUAUAACCUCGUAUCGUCGUUUCGCAGUUCGAGAAGAUGUCAUCGUGCACAGAUUUGUUGCGGUUGAAUGAGAAGCGACUGUUCAAGGAUAUCAGAGCGAGCCUGCCGUGUGGUGCGAAGGAGACGCGUAACGUCCUCGAAGUACGCGACAACGUGCUGUACGCGUGGAAUGCGAAAAACCAUUGCGUGCACACAUUCAACGUCGCGGCGACUCGGGGCAAGCUCGACGAAGACGUCCCUUAUCAGUCGUUACAACCGACGGAUCCACCAAUUUUUGAUAUCACGAAUGUACUGAUAAAUGAGACAGCAACUCAGUUAGCAUUAUGGGGCAACUUGGGUAUCGCUCUCAUGGAGCUACCGAAACGAUGGGGCAAGGACGCCGUUUACGAGGGCGGCAAGGAUGUGAUUCUCUGCACAAAUCAUAAUUUUGGAGAUUUUGGAGCAACUGCGGAAAUUCAACGAACGCGAUGGCAUCCGGGUUCUCCGAAUGACUCGCAUCUAUUGGUUUUGACAUCAGAAAACUCUUUUCGUUUGUACGAGUGCGACCUGGGUGGUUCACCCAGACUCGUAAAAUGCUGGAAGGUCGGCCGCGCACCAUCGAACUCGCCCUCGAAGAUCCCAGGUUUUGCAUCUCUCGGUGAGGCUGCGGUAGAUUUCGAUUUUGCCACUCCUACCCUGAGAAAGCCGGAGAUAUUUGCCGACAAGAACAUCGACGAGAUGAAAGACAUAGUUGACUGGAAUCAAAUUGAAUGGCCGAUCUUGGUCCUUCGUGGAAACGGUGAAGUGCUGAUCGUUCAUGGGAAUAUCUUAUUAGAAAAUUACGAGAAUCCAGUGGUAUUUGGUUCGUUGUCUAUGUAUCCUCCGACCGACGAUAAUUACGGAAUAGAUUCAUGCUCUAUCAUGUGCCUGCAAACUACCCCACCAAUAGUAGUCAUCGCCAUGUGCACUGGAAAGAUUUAUCACGCGAUACUAUUGCGCGAAAUAUUGAACGACGAGGACAAGGACGACAGAAAGACUUGGUCGCAGUAUGGCUCAAACUACAGUCUUCAUACUCCAGACGACGCACUUUAUGUCUACGAGUGUGUCGAAUUGGAGCUCGGUCUCCUCUUCACAGACGACGAUAAGAAGUAUAAUUGUCCUAUCCAUCUUCAUUGUGAUAAGAGCAAUAAAUCCAGAUAUUUUUGCACUCAUAAUGCCGGGAUUCACAUGGUGAGUUUACCGAUGGUUUCUCAACUGGAGGAAUUUAUACAUGAUAAUAGAGAUAAUUACUUACCAUCUUUGUCAAACCAAUCAAUUUUACAAUAUCUAUUCUCUACGAGAACAAAGCACACAAAUAUAGACGAGGCUACGCCGAUACUCGGUUUUGGUUUACUUCAAGAACCUUGUGUUUUAAUCGCAUUGCUGCAUACAGGCGUCGUGAUCGAUCUUUCGGUUAUAGAUCUUUAUUAUCUCCCAAGGAUCGAGCAACUAGAACCUAUCGCCAAUACUACAAAAAAGGUAAAUAAGGAACCCUUCGACAUGUACAUCAGAAGAUUACUAAGACGCGAAGUAUCACAACCCAUAACGAAAAUAGGAUCUCGCUCGAUGUCCUUGAGCGAAUCCCUAGAGUUCUUGUAUCACGCCACAAAUAUCUUUCGCACUCAACAUUUUGUCCAACAUGAUAAAGUUCGGGAGGAAAUCAGUAAGAAGGUCCGCGCUUUGAAAGCUUUAAAAACUCAUCUAUUAAAAGAACUCGAUACUUUGAUGGAGACAAAGAAAGAAUUGCGCCACACUGCUGAACAUUUAGCCGAACGAUACGAAGAUAUUAAUGAUAAACAGAAAGAAUUGGCGCGUAGAGCAGAGGAAGCUCUAAGAUUGGUAAAUUACAAGGAACCGUCAAUGACUGCUGUCGAGCGAGCAGAGGCAGAAGAAUUGAAGAAGAUGAACAUAAAAAUACAUGGCAUGCAGAUACGACUUGAACAACUUAAGAAAAAAUCUAUGCAACAAAUCAAACAUGCAGACGCCUUCGAAUCUAAUGAAAAAAGAAAAGAAAUCGUUUUUACACAUAGCCAAGAGAAAGUUAUACAGGAGACUCUUUCUCAAAUGGCAAAAAAUAUAAAAAAUUUGAUGGAUCAAGCAAAACAUAUUAAGGCUGAGAUUGAUCUUUCAUACAUUAACAAACAAUAAUAAUAUAUAUUAAUUUCUUGUAAGUAAUAAUUUUACAUAAAAUUUGUGUAUACAAUAUAUAUAAAAGAUUGUUUUUGUAAAUAAUUUAUUGUAAUUUUAUCUAAUUUUUAUCUUUGAAAUUUCUAUACAAUUCAUAAUUAUUUAUCACUAUUACUUUUACUAGGAUAAAUAUUCCAAAAAGAAAAAUAUAUGACACUGCAGAUAUAUUGAUAAUAAAAAUAUGUUUUAUUAAGAUUUAGAAU